GUAGGCAACAGGGAAGGUACCUACAAUGAUGCAGACAACAAGCAAACACCUCCUCAGUCAGCAGACAACAGACAACAGAGCCCACGACGCAUCCAGAGAGAGAGAGCAGAGAGAGCAGAGAGCUCAGGUAGAAGUGGCCGUGCCUUUGCGUCCUUUGCUCGCACCAGACGAUGCAGCAGUGAGCACAGAUUUGACUGGACUCUUGGACUUCUGGAUUCUGGACUCUGGGCUGACCCACGCUGGACUGAAGGUGCGACUAAUUCCCGUGGUACCUCGAGGUACGGAGAUAUGUACCCAACUACCUCUAGUGGCCGUCGAGCAAUGACACGAUCUCCAAGUACCACAGCUGUGGAUGGAUACUUGGUUUUCGUAGGGUUUCUUCUGGUAGGACCAACUGGGUCAGUGAGCACCUUAUGGGGAGUACGGAGUACGGCCAAGCCCAAGCAACACCAGAGUCUUUCUUUUCCAACGUUGGCAUCAGGACCUGUGAGCGGACCACUUACCCCUUCCACUAACUCCAGCUACUUUUUGAGUUUCGGUCUUGGAGAGCGAGGGACGAAGAACAGACAGUGGGCAUCGACCAUUGACCAUCAACCUCCAACGCACUGGGACUGCACCUUGCUGCUUCUAAGCGCGUCGCGCAGUGAUCCUACUGGCUGUGUGCAGUUGGACCUGGCGGGAAGGGGGGUGAGGGGUGGUUGA